AUGAGUACCGUUCAAGCAUCAACCACAACUGGUCUGGACAACCAUUCUAGCUCUGUCAUCAAUAGAUCAGGCAAUGUCGCCACUUUGAGCACAAAUGUGCCAACUUCCAAUUUAACUACUAUAGACACCAACGGUAAUGUAUUUAAGGUACCUGACUACACAAUCAAGGAAAUCUUACAAGCUAUUCCUAAACAUUGUUAUGAGAGGUCAUUGAUCAGGUCAUUGGGAUAUGUUGCUAGAGACAUUACCAUGAUGGUUUUAAUUGGAUACAUUGGACACAGGUUCAUACCUCAAAUUGGCAUCACUGGACAUGAAACUGUGUCAACAGCUCUUAGAGGUGCUGCUUGGAUGUUCCAAUCCUACGCAAUUGGAUUAUUUGGAUUUGGAUUGUGGAUUUUAGCUCAUGAAUGUGGUCACGGUGCCUUUUCUGAUUAUCAAAAGGUUAACGACUUUAUUGGAUGGGUUCUCCACUCAUACUUGAUUGUUCCAUACUUUUCAUGGAAAUAUAGUCAUGCAAAGCAUCACAAAGCUACAGGUCACUUGACUAAGGAUAUGGUGUUUAUACCAUACACCAAAGAGGAGUACUUGAAGAAAAGCAAUGCUGAAAAAGUUGAGGAUUUGAUGGAAGAGAGUCCAAUUUGGACCUUUGCCGUAUUGGUAUUUCAACAAUUGGGUGGGUUACAGUUGUAUUUGGCUACUAAUGCAACAGGACAAGAAUACAAGGGUACUACGUGGUACGGUAGAUCUCAUUACUCCCCAUCUUCUCCAGUGUUUGAGAAGCACCAGUACUGGAACAUCAUUUUGUCUGACAUUGGUAUAAUUACCACUUUCACUGUCGUUUACCAAUGGUAUAAGACUUUUGGACUAUUCAACAUGAUGAUCAACUGGUUUGUUCCCUGGUUGUGGGUUAACCACUGGUUAGUGUUUGUUACUUUUUUGCAACAUACGGACCCUACUAUGCCCCACUACACUGCUAAAGAAUGGACUUUUGCUCGUGGUGCUGCUGCUACAAUUGACCGUAACUUUGGAUUCAUUGGUCAACACAUUUUCCACGAUAUUAUCGAAACUCACGUCUUGCACCAUUACGUAUCAAGAAUUCCAUUUUACAACGCAAGAGAAGCUACCGAAGCUAUCAAAAAGGUCAUGGGUGAACAUUACAGAUAUGAGGGGGAGUCAAUGUGGGUCAGUUUAUGGAAGUGUCUCAGAAGCUGUCAAUUUGUAGAUGAUGAUAAGGAAGACGCAAAGGGAGUGAUGAUGUUUAGAAACGUCAAUGGACUCGGUGUCAAACCAAAGAACUAA